CUUGUAGGAAGCUACAAUUUAAGCUAAGUAAUAUAGUUCAACAAUCUUUACAACAUUCAUACACACAUUUGAUACGUGACUACUGAUGAAGGUGAGUAGAGGUCUCCCAAUAAGGUUUCUAUUUCUCCAGUGGGCAUGAGCAUCACUAGAAAAGGGAAGGCUGGAACUCAGGGCUUAGGAGUCAAGAUGAUUCCGUAUGUGGCAUUGUGCAAAUAUUUUCCCCUGGCAAUAGUGAUUAUUAUAGUUUUUAGUGUCAAUGGAUACACUGAGGAUCCUCUUUUUGAGUGCCUGCAAGAUGCAGACUAUGCCGAAUUACUGAGGAUUGUGGACAGAGGUCUUCCCCUCACAAAGACACCUCAUCACAUUGCUGUUAUUGGUGGUGGGAUAUCUGGACUGACUGCUGCAAAGUUUUUGGAGGAUGCAGGGCACAAGGUGACCAUAAUAGAGGCAAGUAAUCGAAUUGGAGGACGAGUGGAGACCUACAGAAAUAGAAGAGAGGGAUGGUAUGCAGAGCUUGGUGCUAUGCGAAUCCCUAGCUUUCAUAAAAUUCUAUUAUCAUUUGUAUCAAAAAUGGGCCUUGGACUGAACACAUUUAUCGAGGAUGAUAUCAACACAUAUUACUAUGUGAAUGGGCUGUUGCAGAAAACCUAUAAGGUUAAAGAGAACCCUGAUGUGCUGAACUAUCCAUUGAGUGACAAGGAAAGGGGAAAAACAGCUGCUCAGCUCUUCAACUUGGCCUUAUGGAAGGUGAGGGAUGAUAUGAAAACAGUAGGCUGUGAGGCCACGUUGAAGAAAUAUGACUCAUACUCUGUCAAGGAAUAUCUAGUGAAGGAGGGGAACCUUAGUCGUGGUGCCUUGCGCAUGAUCGGGGACAUCUUGAAUGAGAACAGCCUCUUCUACAUGUCACUUACUGAAAUGCUGUAUAUUCAAUCAGACAUUAAUGACGACACUACCUAUUACGAGAUCACUGAUGGGUUUGACCAUUUGCCACGGGCCUUCUACCAAGCUCUCAACAGCACUAUCCUUCUGAACUCCAAGGUUCGUCUCAUACGCCAAACCAGCAGUAACGUAACUGUAACAUACCAGGACUGGCGCAAUCCGUCCUCCCUGAGCAACCUCACUGUAGACUAUGCCCUGGUGACAGCUACAGCAAAAGCCACCCUCUUUAUGGACUUUGAACCCCCGCUGUCCCCUCAGAAGACGGAGGCGCUGCGGUCCGUGCACUACGCCAGUUCUACCAAGGUGGUCCUCAGCUUCAGCGAAAGAUUCUGGGAGAGGGAGGGCAUUAAAGGGGGGAAGAGCAUCACAGAUCUCCCAUCUCGUUUCAUCUACUACCCUAGUCACAGCUUCCCAGGCACGGCUGGGGGGGCUCUCCUGGCGUCUUACACCUGUUCCGAUGACUCCACUCUGUUCCAGGGUAUUAGCGAAGACGAGCUGAAGGCCUUGGUACUGGAAGACCUGGUAAAGCUCCACGGGGAGGAUAUACGGCCUCUUUGUACUGGAGGUUUGGUGAAAAAGUGGGGGCUAGAUCCCUUCAGCCUGGGAGCUUUUGCCCUUUACACCCCUUACCAGAAGACAGACUAUGCCUCUGACCUGUUUAGGAAUGAGAGCAGGGUACAUUUUGCUGGGGAGCACACUGCCACACCUCAUGCUUGGAUUGAAACUUCUAUGAAAUCUGCACUGAGGGCAGCCAGGAAUAUCAGUAACCUGGCAAGGUAGAUCUCUGAGGCCUGGUCACAUUGACUGUAUUUUAAAUAGCCCGAGAAGCUAUGAUUGUCACUAUCAAAAUCUGAUGAACAAACAAAAAUCUACAAAAAGCUUGUACUAUCUUGUACUAAUGCCUGUAAAUGAUCUACUAUACAUACAGUCCCACACAAAUGUUUGGACACACCUACUGUAUUCAUUCCAUAUGUGUUAUUUCAUAUGGAAUGAAUAGGUGUGUCCAUUCUUUUGACUGGUACUGUAUGUUCGUCUCUAUUUGAAUGGCACAACAUGAAGACAGAAAUGUUGACGAAAUGUAUCCUCACUGUUCAUAUGAUCAGAAAAAAGUAAAUGUAGUUCUUUAACCAACUCUUAUUACUGUAUAAUGAAAUAAAGCUCUUAGUAAGUCCCAUAUAUUUCAAUCAAAUGCUUGUGAUUCUUGUUAAUCAGUCUUUCUCAAACACUUUUGUGGCAAGGAUCGGCAAAUUAUGGUAUUUUUCCUCUGGGGACCGCGGGUAUGAAGAUAAAAUGUUAUGUUUUGCUUUUUUUUAAUGUAUUACAAUAUCUAUAACCCUAACAACCCAAAUCAUCUUGGAAAAAGUUAUGAUAUUAAAAACAAUUAUUUGGCCUUUUGGCUACUCCUAU